AUUCGAAGGGCACAACAAAAGGCAAAAAAAAAAAUUCACAAAAUGUCAACGAAUCAGACAUACGACAUAUUAAAAGGAGAAUUAUUUCCCUUUGAGAAUUCUUCAACACCUCAACCUUCGCUGCAACAGCAUAUUUCAACCUAUAGUUCCCAAUCACUGUCGCAAAACAUAAACGUAAUUGUUAUCGGAACACUCUAUCCUUUGCGCUCUCCUUAUAAACCCUGA